GUAGGUUAUCAUAGUCUGCUCAUCCAUAACGACAAACGUUUGUUUUGCAUUUUCCGGUGAAAUUGUUAAAAUCUUGUAUUUUCCACAUGCGUUCACGCAGCAGGAGUCGCAGCAGGCAGAGGGAACGUCGCCGGUCCGAUUCUAGGGCUCGUUCCCGCUCGGAAAGAAGGACUUACCAGAAACCGCAGCACAGGAGAUCGGUUUCGCGAGAGAGGGAAAGAGACAGGGAGAGGGAGCUCCACAGGGAAAGGACUUCCAAUCGCAGCUCACGUCGCUCCAGAGAAAAGGAUGCAGAGCCUCGACGCCGUAGAACGCGCUCCUCGCCCUCCAGAAGCAACAGCAGCAGCAGUAGUGAUAGAUCCAGUUCCUCGAGAAGCCCGUCCAGAAGCCGCAAAUCCCGCCCAAAAUCCGUGGAACGCUGGCCCAACGAUCGUUAUCAUGAAAACAACGAUAGGCGGCAGAAUCCCUUCCGGGGAAGGGCUCCCGAAGGUAGUUUCAUUAAUGAUCCCGCCGAACCAUCGUCCAGGUCGCAGCACAGAGGCAGAGGAUCGUCCAACCACCAAUUCAAAGGUGACUCCAAGGCUGUGAAUGCCCGCAGGAACCAGAGAGUUCGCAUCGGAGAGGAAGGCGUGCCAGAUGUCUGGGGCAAGAGCCCAUCCCGGCCAGAAACCAACGAUGUGGAGCUCGUGAAGGGUUCUUACAUAGGACCCAAGAAGAAAAAGAAAAAGGGCAAGAGCAAGCACAAGAAAUCUGAAAAGAAGUCGAAGAAAAAGUCAAAGAAAUCCAAAAAGAAAAAGAGCAAAAAAGAGUCGAGUUCCUCCUCCAGUUCGUCAAGCAGCGAAGACAGUAGCGACGAGUCCAGCAGCUCAAGUUCCAGUUCUAGUUCUGACAGCGAAGAUGAGUCCGAGGAGGAAGAUGUUUGGCUGGAAAAGACAGCCGACGGUAUCAAGAAGCCUAAAAAGAAGAAGUCCUCCGCCAGCAAAAAGGACAAAAAGUCUAAAAAGAAGAAAAAGAAGCGUAAGUCAGAGGCGGAAAAGUCCAAGAAGAGCUCCUCCUCCAGUGCCAGCAAGUCGAAGAACAAGGAAAGUGCCUCGCACAACGACGAGGACGUGGGACCUUCGCUGCGACCCGGCGGUAGCCUUAAUCAAAAGGACUUCGGCAAGGCGCUGCUGCCAGGAGAAGGUGCCGCCAUGGCUGCCUACAUUGCCGAGGGCAAGAGAAUUCCCCGCCGUGGUGAAAUCGGCCUAACAUCCGAUGAAAUCGCCAAUUUCGAGUCUGUGGGCUAUGUAAUGAGCGGCAGCAGGCAUCGUCGCAUGGAGGCCGUCCGUAUCCGAAAGGAGAACCAGCUGUACUCCGCCGACGAGAAGCGAGCACUGGCCAUGUUCAGCAAGGAGGAGCGACAGAAGCGCGAAAACAAGAUUCUGUCGCAGUUUAAGGACAUGAUCCACUCAAAGCUGCAGGCCAAGGACAAGAAGUAAUGUCUUCAAAAUGGAUUUCCAUUAAAUGCCAAACGCACAAAAGGAUUUCAAAAUGACUGCCUUCAAAUCAACCAAUGUCAUAACUUCAUAAUUUUUUUAAAUUUUGUAUUUGUAUAAAAACAAACGAGAAUUGUAAAUUAAUGAGCUUCUUACGCUAACUUAAUAACUUUAAUAAACGCAAGAAAGUUUUCAUUUUCCAUUA